GUUUUUUAACUGCUCUAGGUCGUUUGUCAAUUUGCUGCACGUUAGUAGUAUCGCAGGAUUGAGGGGAAAAACUGCAGUAGGUUUCUUGUCUACCAUGUUCUGGAAAGCUUCCUAAUAUAAAUUAUUGCUGAUCAAAUAUGAAGGAGUUUUCCUCAGUUGCCAUUCAUUUCUCUUGGAUGCUACAAUUCCUUGCAACUUCAUUGUUAUACGCUUCGAUUAUUAUACCUUCGGUAUUAUUACAUACCUACUUUAAGAAGAGGUAUCAACUACACUUAUCUAAUGGUACUACUGAUUCUUGUUCUGCAAAAAUGGUAUACAUUUGUUUUGUAUCCGAUGUUGAUACUUCAGAAAAUGUUAAAAAAGUUCCACAGAUUGAUUUACCGAUCCCAGUUGUCAUGUCUCCAACUCGACUUGCAUCGCAGUCACGACUGGCUGAACUUAUAAAAUCUAUAAAAUCUUAUCUUGGUUUUGACCGCGACGCAUCAUUAAGAACUUCACAACAAUAUUAUACAUUAUUGGGGUUUUGUUUUCUUGGAUUACAGUCUUCUUAUUUAUUAUGGGGAGUUUUACAAGAACGAAUUAUGACUAAGAUGUAUGAUAAUGAGAAGUUUGAAAAAUCACAAUAUUUAGUCUUUUGUAAUCGUGUAACAGCAUUACUUAUCCUAAUACCUUUACACUUUUUAAAUGUUGGAUUUAUUGUUAACCCUUGGCAAAAAAAACAGAAAGCACCCUUUGUUGAGUUCGCAUUUGCUUCUGUUAGCAAUGUAAUUAGUAGCUGGUGUCAAUAUGAAGCGCUGAUCUACAUUUCCUUUCCUAGUCAAGUUAUUCUCAAAGCAUGCAAAGUUUUACCGGUUAUGUUUAUGGGGAAGUUUAUUCAGAAGAGAGUAUACAGUGGACGAGAAUAUUUUACGGCCGCUAUUAUCUGUCUAGGUAUGAUUUUGUUUUUUUAUGCUGAUCCUGAAAAACAUUAUCUUUCAAACGGAGAAACAAAUGCUCGAUUUUUAACAUCUCUCAGUGGAUAUAUCUUGAUUUGUGGUUAUAUUAGUUGCGAUUCUUUUACGUCUAAUUGGCAAGACUAUCUUUUUCAAUCCUACAAACUUACUUCAUUACAGGUGAUGGCAGGUGUGAAUAUUGGUCAGUAUUACUUACUCUAUCAUCAUUAAUUAUCCAUGGUGAACUCAUUUCUUCGAUACAAUUUGGAUUAAAACAUUUUGAAUUUAAUUUUGAUGUUCUUCUGUCAUCAAUGUGUUCAGCAUUUGGUCAGUUGUUUAUCUUUCUUACCAUAUCACAAUUCGGUCCAGCUUCAUUUGUAUUAAUCAUGACAUUGAGACUUGGUUUGUCAAUGAUACUUUCAUGUAUUAUAUUUUCACAUAAACUACACCCUAUAGCUAUUCUGGGUAUAUUUGUAGUUUUCUUUGGUUUAUUGUUAAGAAUCUAUGCACGUCAGAAAAAGUCUAACCAAUUGAAAACUAACGAUGACAGUAAUUGUGUAACGGUACCUAUUAGAUAGUAUAGGUUCAUACAAGAGGAUUUGGUGUUUCUUCCUUUCUGUUUCACGGUUGCUUUUUUCCACCCAGAAGCAUCCAUUAUUUUCUUACACAUUAGAUAUCUUUAUAUAUUAUUCUUACUGAUUUAAUUCCUUUAGAUACUCGAAUAUUUUGUUGAUCAUCUUCAUUAUGCAAAUGGUUUUUUAAACAAUCAGCGUUAUCGUUUGAUAAUAUUUACUUUGUAUCUGUGAUACACUAGGUGAUAGUCUUAUUAUUAUGCGUUCACAUAGAAAUGCAAGUGAGAUCUGAUACUUUCUUUCUCUUAUGAAUACACUCCCUAUUCUGUGGUGUAUGUUUCUUUUCAUAAGAAUUAUUUUUUAUAAUUUACACAAUACACAUACUAUAUUGGAUUUCUAA